AGGCAAUAAAAGUGCGCUACGAGCGUACUCGGAAAAGAAGAGAUCCGCUCGCCGCGGAAAAGAGCGAGCAAUCACGUUACAAUCGCGACUGCGGCCACGCGCGGAGGUACAGAUGACUGGUCGUCCAAGCGAACGCGGCUAUGCCGUGGCACGACGAGCGAACGGUGGUGAAUCUCGGCAGAGGCGAGACGCGAGGAGCUCGGCGAUGGCGUGCGGAAUUUGGAGGGCGCUGUCGCGGCGGCGCGCGGACGACCAGGCGGACGACAGGAGCGAGCUGGCGCGCGUGCUGGGUCUGCUGGACCUGACGGCCCUCGGCGUCGGCUCGACUCUCGGCCUCGGCGUCUACGUGCUCGCCGGCAGCGUGGCCAAGGAGACCGCCGGGCCCGCCGUCUGCAUCUCCUUCCUCAUCGCGGCCGUCGCCUCGGCGUUCGCGGGCAUGUGCUACGCCGAGUUCGCGUCGAGGGUGCCGAAGGCCGGGUCGGCCUACGUCUACAGCUACGUGACCGUCGGCGAGUUCAUCGCCUUCGUCAUCGGCUGGAACCUCAUACUCGAGUACGUGAUCGGCACGGCCAGCAUGGCCCGAGGCGUGAGCAGCUACAUCGACGUGCUGACGAAUCACACGAUCGAGCGGGCUCUGCGCUCGGCCAUGCCCAUCGACGUCUCCUUCCUGUCCAAGUACCCGGACUUCUUCGCCCUCGUCAUGGUCGCCUUCCUCACCGUCUUCCUCACCAUCGGCGUCAAGGAGUCGUCGAUGCUCAACAAGAUCUUCACCAGCAUUAAUCUGCUGACCAUCGGCGUCAUCGUGGUCUCCGGCGUAAUCAAAGCCGAUCCGGCCAACUGGUCGAUCAGGCCGGCCGACAUCCCGGCGAACGUGACGAACCCGGGCGCGGGCGGCUUCGCGCCGUUCGGCGUGAAGGGCGUGAUGGAGGGCGCGGCGAUCUGCUUCUACGGCUUCGUCGGCUUCGACGCCGUGGCCACCACUGGCGAGGAGGCGAAGAAGCCCCAGCGCAACAUACCCCUGGCCAUCGUCAUGUCGCUGGCCAUCAUCUUCCUCGCCUACUUCAGCAUCUCCACCGUGCUCACGAUGAUGUGGCCCUACUACGACCAGGACGCGCAAGCUCCCUUCCCGUACGUGUACGACCAGAUCGGCUGGCCGACCGUCAAAUGGAUCGUCAACAUCGGUGCCGUGUUCGCGCUCUGCACCAGUCUGCUCGGCGCCAUGUUCCCCCUGCCGCGCGUCCUCUACGCCAUGGCCAGCGACGGCGUCAUCUUCAAGUUCCUCGCCAGGGUUCACCCCAGAACCAUGACGCCCGUGCUGGGCACUCUCAUCUCGGGCGUUCUCACCGGAAUCAUGACGCUGCUGUUCGACCUGCAGCAGCUCAUCAACAUGAUGUCCAUCGGCACGCUGCUCGCCUACACCAUCGUCGCUGUGUCGGUGCUGAUCUUGAGGUACCAAAAGACCGAUCUGCCAACGCAACCGCCCGCCAGCUCCAAGACAGCCGGUCCCUCAUACUCGACGCCCAUCAGCUACUUCAAGGGAAUCUUCAAUCUCCACAAUCAGAAAGAGUCAUCGGAGUUCUCCACCUCCGUCGCCCAAUAUGGCGUUUUAAUUUUUGGGAUCGCGGUGUUCGUCAUCGGCUUGCUGCUCAACAACUACAGCCUGCUCGAAGGCCACUGGCCGUCCGUUUUGUUCGCGAUCGUGCUACUAAUCGCCGUGCUCACGGCUACGGCAAUAGGACGGCAACCGGUCCAAGAAAUCGACCUGUCGUUUAAGGUGCCACUCGUACCCCUGAUUCCUUGCCUCAGCAUCGUCAUCAAUUUGUAUCUGAUGCUGCAGCUGGAUAUAUACACGUGGAUUCGAUUCGUGGCGUGGAUGGUCGUAGGAUUUUGCAUAUACUUCUUCUACGGAGUAGGUCAUAGCGUGCAAGGUGAGCGAGACAGAUUAGAGGCUGAAACGCUCGCGAGAAAGUACGCCAACCACGUUAGCCCCGUUCAAAUUAUCACAAAGUGCUAGUUUGACUCGGGUCUUCGCUCAUCGAUCACCCUAACUGUAUUUUGUCGCUGAGCUGCAGUAUUAUUAUCCAUAACGCAUCCCAACUUUUGAAACUCGUUUAGAUUUAUUCGAACUUGUUGCGUCUUCGAUGACUGAAAAAAACAGUCGGAUUUUUGUGCAUUAACGUUAGCUUUUUAAAUGAUUAGGAAAACGUUUCUGAAAGAUAUUUUUACGAAGAAUGACACUCGAUACAGACCCAAAAACCAUUUGUACGCGUAAUCAAGACUGUUUUCAUUGUUUUGAUUAUAGUUAUCAACUCUUUUCUGUGAACCAAUUUCGUGCCAGUUGUAGUUUUUCUAGAUCGAAUAAGAUGAGCCUUUUGUUCAUUUUGUAUUGAUCCUUUAAGUCCAUUCCACGUUAAUCACGUUAAUUAAUUAUUUACAUCAAAUACUGAUAGACUGUAUUGUUGAAAAUUCAAAUUAAUUAUUUUGCGUUACACUUGUGCGGCAUGAUUUUUUGUUAAUGGCUGUGCCAAUUCUUUAUACAAUAUGUUAUAGCACAAGGCGCAGACUAAAAUAAUCGCGCCAUGUAAAUACAAAAGUUAUCCUUUUAUUUCAUACACGAACAUGUGUAUAUAUGCAUAGAUUAUCAUCUUUCAACCAAUUCUUUUUAAUGUUUUCUUUUGUUUUUUUUUAUUAAGUACUUAAUCAUACUUGUCAUUAUU